AUGCCAAAUUACGGAGACCCUUAAUACUGGGAUUAACGCUACAAGGAGCAAGAGGGGACAAUAUUUGAUUGGCUCGAAGAUUAUGAAGCAAUAGAACCACUAUUAGACGACAUAUUUCAGAAAAGACAGGAUUAUUCAGAGACCGAUCUGACUUGGCGAGAGAAUUUAAGGAUACUUAAUUUAGGCUGUGGAAAUUCUAUAUUGCCAGAGGAAAUGUAUGAUAAAGGGUAUAAGAAUAUCUAUAAUAUCGACAUUUCACAUGUUGUCAUUGAGUAAAUGGCGAAGAGGAAUGCCAUCAAUAGGCCUGAGACAUUAUGUGUUGAUGGCUCUUAUAUGAGUAUAUCUUAUGGAACUCCAGAGAAUAGAGUCUUGCAUUACAAGAGACCUCAUUUGAAAUUUACUGUUUCAACUUUUGAAAUUGCUCCGGAAGGCAAGAAAUCAUAAGAUGCAGUUCAUUAUGUUUACGUAUGCAAAAAGUAAGAAGGAGCUGAAGAAUAAUGCGCAAUCAACUGGGCUUAAGUUCAAUAGCAAAUAAAGAAGGAGGAAUGUGAUGAUCUGCUGGAGGAUUCAGAUUAAGAUGAGGAGGAAAGCAAGAAGGAUAUUAGUGAUUCCUCUAAGCUUGAAUGA